AUGAUAUUAGAUAAAACUCUAGAUGUGGUAUGUAGAUAUUGUUUGGAGUGUUACGUCUGCCACAACCAGCCGGACAACAAGGACAAGUGUGUGAAGACAUCGGUCCAGUGUGAGGAGGAGCAGGACACGUGUAUGACCCACAUCGAGUGGCGAGCACCAGAUUUUUGGACACCUAGAAGUGAAAAGAUACACUAUGUGCACAAGAGCUGUAACUCUUCCUCGUACUGUGCCAGCAGACAACGAGAGGUUGGCAUCGCGUGCAUGAGGGACUGGUAUAGAGAUUGGCAAUGUUACGAGUGUUGCCAGGGUGACCGAUGCAACUUUUACGUUACACUGGGAGUCUCCGGACUGCUACCAAGUUUUGUCCUGCUGGUGACGUCUGUGGCUGUUGUGUUGGCAUCAUGGAGAAGAUGA